GGCGGAGCGGGGCAUGCGCAGUCGCUGCCGCUCGGUGCCUGAGCGCUCGGUCACGCCAUGAGAGUGCUGGUCGGCGGAGGGACUGGCUUCGUGGGUAAAGCCCUGACCCAGCUGCUGCGAAGCCGCGGGCAUGAAGUGACCCACGUGUCUCGGCGAGGGGGCAGGGAUCGGAUCAGCUGGGAGGAGCUGUCCCGCUGUGGACUGCCCCUGUGCGAUGCUGUCGUGAACCUGGCUGGUGAAAACGUCCUCAACCCUUUGCGCAGAUGGAACGAUGCCUUCUGCAAGGAAAUCAUCAGCAGCCGGGUUGAGACCACUAAGUCCUUGGCCAAAGCCAUUUCUGAUGCUGAGCAGCCACCCUGUGCUUGGGUGCUCGUCACUGGCGUAGGCUAUUACCGCCCCAGCCCCACAGCUGAGUACACUGAGGACAGUCCUGGGGGGGACUUUGACUUCUUCUCGUGCCUGGUGAGCUCCUGGGAGGCUGCAGCUGCUAUUCAUGGGAGCCCAACUCGUGGUGUUGUGGUGAGAUCUGGGGUAGUGCUGGGCCAAGGUGGUGGUGCAAUCUCUAAGAUGCUCUGGCCCUUCCGUCUGGGACUGGGAGGCCCCUUGGGUUCUGGGCUUCAGCCCUUCCCAUGGAUCCACAUUCGGGACUUGGCCGGGAUUGUUUCUCAUGCCCUGGAGAAUGAGUGCGUGCAAGGUGUUCUCAAUGGCGUCUCCCCGGCUGCCUCUGCCACCUCCAAUGGUGCCUUUGCUCAGGAGCUUGCUGCAGCCCUAGGCCGCCCAGCCCUGCUGCCAGUGCCAGCCUGGGCAGUGCGGGCUGCCCUUGGAGCAGAGCGUGCCCUGCUGCUGCUGGAGGGGCAACGAGUGGUGCCGAAGCGCACUCUGGAGAGUGGCUACCGUUUCAUCUUCCCUGACCUGGCUGCAGCUCUGAAGGACAUUGUGGCUUGAGGCCUCCUUGCUUAGGCCAGACUGGGCCCUGGUUUUGUGAGUCCCCUGGCUCACUUGGUUUCCUAGGGUGAGAGAGGAUUGCCCUGCCCCAUCUGACAGUUGGGGUGUGCAGUCUGAGCAGCCUUCCACCUGCUGUCUCUCUUUGCACAUCCCCAGUUUAAGAGUCCAUCUCUUACUGCCAUCUGUGGCCUCUGCAUGCCUGCUUCUGGGGAAGGGCAUAAGCCCCUCUGACGGUUGUGGCUGCUAAAUCUGCCACCUUCCCUCUUUGCAUGGGUGGCACUGGUGUCUUUGAACUGUCCGUUGAGGCCUAGGGUAGGUGUUGACUCCAUCUGAGCUUGUGGUGGGGACAAACUGGGUGGUUCAUUGUGGUGUGAAGAAGUGCAAAGCACUACUUUAGUCUGAAGGGUGCCCUUCAGCUCUUGCCUUCAUUGUAGUUGCCUAGUCCCAGGCAGGGUGUUGACUGUGGUCAGCAUGCUGACCUGUGCUGGGUUACAAGCCCAGUUCAGUGUGGGGCAGUGCAGUUGGGACAGGCAGCAGUGCUUCAUCUUGAGUUACGCCAGCUUGUUAAGAGCCUCAGGCUUCAGUCUGCUCCCCAAGAUGAUGUGGGCUAUAGCAUCCUUCUGUUGUGCUUGCUGGUUAGCCGCCCAGUUCAGCUGGUUGUAGAGCUGUGUGUACCUGGGUGAUUGCAGCAGCUGUGGGUGUGAUUGGCAAGCAUGACAAGUACUGCUGGAGAAGCACUGGCACCCCACAGUUCUUAUGGAAGAGGACUGCAGAUCUAUGAGAGCCCACCAUUCAACAGAGUUCUCAGGUCUGUCUCCCUACCUGGAUGUGUAAGUCAGGAUUUUGAGGGGUUACUCCUGCAUGACAUUUGGCUUAAGCACAUGUCACAGAACUUCUGGCACCCGAGUCCUAGCAUGGCAUCUGACAACAGUGUCUGCUGGGAGCAGCUGCGAAUUUCCAUCACAAUAAAUUCACACACACACAUACCAUGGCCUUUCAUCUCUUGUGGAGUGAACAUACACUCAUUAGAGUGAGAGGAAGCUGAGCUCUAGACCGGAUUUUUGGAGCAGUGCAAAACUUUGAUGAUCCUAAACACGGACCUUGUGCUACCUAAGUGUAGUGCAGAGUUUCCACAGGUCUGUCUGAACCAACAGCAGUGCCCUAGGUCUGCUCUGAAGAUUUACUCUUCAACUGGAGCAAAUCUUUGUCCUCUUAGAGGUGAAUGAUUUUAAUGGAGAUGUGUCAAGAGCUUCUGCUUCCUGCAGCAGCCCCUGCUCAGGCUCCAUCCUGUCUGGCUACUGGCCUGCCUGGUGCCCAGGGCCUUAGCCCAGGCUGAAGGACACAGCUGCUUUCCUGUUUACAGGUUCAGUCAGCCCUCAAGAUACGCACUUAACAGAGACACACAUGGAAGCAAGUGACACACAGCCAGAUGACACAGACUGGCCCAGCCAAGACACUGCUAUCAGCAGUAACCGUGCAUGGGACCUCUGUAGCAGAAGCACAGCCAAAACUGCCCUUCCCACACUGAGGCUGGCCAACUCGUGACUCCCUUGGAGUUCACAAACACGUGCGCUUUCAUGAAUCCCUCAGUGCCCCUACCUUAAUCCAAGCCCUCUAGCCUGUCCUGUACAUCUCCUGCUCCACAGCUGACACCAAACAUGCCCUGAGUCACCCUAUGCUUGCAGGCACCCUCUGGGUACCAGAGUGGACCCUUUGCCAGCCUUAUCUGUCUGUCUGGAUCCACAGCCUCCUUAACAGCUGGUCUAGCUUGCAGUUUGCUAGGGCAAACUACCUCCAGUCUGUGAGAGGUACAAACACUUCCAUCCUCAGCCAGGGUCCUGCAGCAGGCACAUCAGCAGUCAUCUGCUGUGCCACUUCACCAGCUGGCACAGAGCCCCUUAAUCUCCUCACUUGUGCUGGUCCCCCCAAUAAAUUGUUUUGGACAUGCAGUUAUCUCUGCAGUGACUGUAGGUUGGGGCCCUGCUGGUGUCAUUCCAGUAGGUGACAGCACAGGCCAGGGGUGAUUCAAACUUCAGAAGCUGGUAGGAAAUCCACUGGCUGGUCACCCAGUAGCUGGCACUUCAUCCCUGCAGCGUGUGUGCAUGGGAACAGUGAGACUGCACAAAGCUAUGGAAGAGUUUGAGGAGACAGAACAGGCUGUGGUGAUCUGGUGUGGAGUUCAGCCAGAGCAGCACUGGCUGGCAGAGGUUUACACUCUACCAGCCUCUUCUGUAUCCCUUUUCUGCCUUCUUUGCUGCUUUCAUCUGUCCUGUCCUUGACACAUUUCCUCAGCAGGUCACAGUCUCACCAGCUGCAGCACCCUGGAUACUUUCAUUUGCAUCCUCACCAGCUGCAGAGUCCUGGGUGCCAGCAGCUCCUUGAGAGCUGGUCAGUUACUGAUGCUGUCUGUUCCUGGGUGUUGUCUUUCUCAGUGCUAAUGGGCCAGAUUUUAUGACUGUUUGCCUCCCUCCCUUUUCUUAGCUUCCCAGGUGUAAAAAUAAAUUAUCUGAGUCACUGCACAUAUGCUCA